AACGAGCUACCCGUAGAGAAGAUUGACUUCACAGGCGCAUACACGGUAGCGCGAGCUGGGCUUCUCAAGGCGAAGCUACAGGCAUUGAGUAAUGUGUUGAUUAGAACUCCGUUUCAUCGUCACAAGCAGCUACAGUUCGAUGUCAUCCUCCAGGGAACAUCGUCUUGCACGCAUGUCCAAGGCUCGGAGGAAGUCUACUUCUGUACCAAGGGACUGAAACGACCGGACGAUAUUCCUGACCUUUAUGUCAGGGCUUACACUGAAGUAUUAGGGUCACAACACUUCACGAAUAUACGCCUCGUCAGAUAUUCGGAUAGCUCUAGAAGAACCGUUACAAGAUUUGGUCCAACUUUCUCGGAUGUAAGGACUUUGCUAGUAGCGUUGGACGCCAUUUGCGACACUUCACUUGAAGAGAUUUUCUCGAGCGCAGAGCAGACACUCAAACCUCUCCCGUUUCUCCGGCUUCCCUAUGAGCUUCGUCUCCAAGUAUACGAUUGUCUCAUACCGCAUCUUGCCUACAUCCCUAUGUUCUCUCGAAAGUAUACAAGAACAGAUAGGUCGUUACCAGAGAAUCUGGCGAUAAUGCGUACGAAUAAACGUAUACAUGACGAGAUCGACAAGCAUUGCUUCGAUCGGCACGUACUCCUACUCAAGGCCAGCAGGGUUACAGGACUAGCAUCGACCCAAAAUCACUUCGCAUGCGAUACCUCAAAAGAUUACGCGGACCGAUACACGAGCAUCGCAAGAUCGAAGAUCAGACAUCGAAUAACCCAGCUCGAAAUUCAGAUUUUGCCAACUGAAGAGUCUCUUGAGGACACACUUCGCGAGUCCUGGUCAAUGGCAGACAAAGUUUCCCUACGACAGAUCUGCUCUGUCCUGCCGAAUCUCGAGUCUAUCCUCUUCUCGUAUCCCAAACCGGAUCCAAGAAGCAUAGCUCUAAUCGAUGAGCUGUGGAAAUCAGUCAAACCACACAUGAAGGGUUCCCCGUGUAAUCGCAACCGGAAGGUCACGCUUGAGUGGAUUUCCAAUCAGCUUUGGCUAACCGCAGGAGCGCCACCUCGCAUUCUGUGGGAUCUGACCUAUUUUCGCGAGUCGGUGGAGAAUGUGAAGAAGUUGAGGAGAGACAUAUUUUCCGAACGAAUGAUGAAAGAUUUGAUCAAGCAGGAUGGGGGUCUUGAACAAGCACGAAGUGUAGCUUCCACAAAGGAAGACUCGCAAAGAUGGACUGAGGUCAGAGCGGCGGUCCUCGAGGCCUUGAAGAGAGAAUGA